UGAUCUGAACGGUGCCGAAGAGGCGGGGCGACGAGCUCAGAAAUACAAAUAAAUUAACGGAAAAGAAACACACCGCCACCCAUCGAGCCGGUGGAUAAACGAGCGUCACCGGGGUCACAGCUGGGCCGCAGAGAGGAGGAGAACACCGCCGCGGUACCGGAGGAUGCUGAGGAGGAGGCGAGGAGAGGAAGCGAGGAGACAUCCAGCAAAACAAAAGGCUCCAAUUUACAACCCACACCGAGAGUUCGGACUCGGAUUAUUACGCUCGUGUCGCUUUUUUAUUUUCUAGUUCCAGAACCGCGGACGCGCACAGUUCCAGGCUUGUUAUGCAACUGGGAUCCGUUCCGUAGGAAGCGGGCUGAGUUCGAAUCCCGGCCGAGGAAGACUGAUCCGGUCUGUGUGCUGACGGUGGACAGCGGGUCUAAGAUGUCGGGUCAGACUCUGACGGACCGCAUCGCCGCGGCUCAGUACAGCCUGACCGGGUCCGAGGUGUCCCGGGCCGUGUGCAAGGCCACCACGCACGAGCAGACCGCCCCCAAGAAGAAACACCUGGAAUAUCUGAUCCAGGCCACACAGGAGUCCAAUGUGAACGUCCCACAGAUGGCGGACACGCUGAUCGAGAGGGCCGGCAACGCCAGCUGGGUGGUGGUUUUCAAAGCGCUGAUCACCACGCACCAUCUCAUGGUGCACGGCAACGAGAGAUUUCUCCAGUUCCUGGCUUCUAGAAACACCUUGUUCAAUCUCAGCAACUUCCUGGACAAAACUGGCUCCCACGGUUACGACAUGUCCACAUUUAUCAGACGCUACAGCCGUUAUCUCAAUGAGAAAGCCUUUGCCUACAGACAGAUGGCUUUUGACUUCGGCCGAGUCAAGAAAGGAGCUGAGGGAGUGAUGAGGACCAUGACGGUGGAGAAGCUGCUGAAGGGAAUGCCAACUCUGCAAAGCCAAAUCGACGCGUUGCUGGAUUUUGAUGUGCAUCCAAAGGACUUGAACAAUGGAGUAAUAAAUGCCUGUUUUCUUCUGCUCUUCAAAGAUCUCAUCAAGUUAUACGCCUGCUAUAAUGACGGCAUCAUUAACCUGCUUGAAAAGUUUUUUCAGAUGAAAAGGAGCCAGUGUAAGGAUGGGCUGGAGAUCUAUAAGAGAUUUCUGACACGAAUGAUUCGAGUUUGAUUCUUCAAAAUUGCUGAGCAAGUGGGAAUAGACAAGAACGACAUUCCUGAACUUACUCAGGCCCCAGAAAGUCUUCUGGAGUCCCUGGAGACCCACCUCAACACUUUGGAGGGGAAGAAACCAGAGGAUAAGUCGCCCACCAAGCAGGAAGCAACAGCCAACAACAGCUCAUCGGCUGCAGCUGGACCCAUAAAGCCUGCGGCUCCCGCUGCCACUGGCGGGCCCCCCGCUCGCCCUGGGCCCCCUGCCAAACCCCCACCACCCUCUAUCACACACACUGCAACACCCCCUGCCCCCACCGCAACCACUAGCAAUGCCCUUGAUGACGGCUUCUUAUUGGAUCUAGACCCAAUGUCAUCCCCAUCGAAAGGUGCUGCUGUGGCAGCGUCCUCCACCACUGGAUGGGGAGAUCUCCUGGCUGAGGCAACUCCGGCUGCUGCCGAUGGUGCUCCUAAAGCUCUGUUGAAGGAGGGAGAGUCUGCUGUAGCCGCUGCAGCCUCACCGGCACUCGCCUCGUUGCCCGGCUCAGCUGCCACCGCCUCUUCAGCCGCAGACAUUGACCUUUUCGGAGGAGACGGUUCUGCUGUCCCGGGCCCCGCUACAGAUGCAUUUGGUGGAUCUGACCCCUUUGCUACGACGGAGGGGAGUGCCGACAUUGCUCCAGAGUUGGACCUGUUUGCUAUGAGGCCCGCUGACAUGGGGGCUGCUGUCAUCACCUCUCCUGCCGCUAGUGAGGCGCCAAUCAUCGCUGCUCCCAUUGCUGACCCCGCUGACCCCACCCCUUCCACCACCGACACCACCACAGAGUCUGCAGCCGCCCCGACUCUAGAUCUCUUUGGUGAUGUGUUUGAUUCUAAGCCUGAGCAAAGUCCAACCACAGAACCCAAAGCUGCUGCCACUCCUAGCGUAGACCUUUUUGGUGCAGACCUUCCUGCUGUGUCACGCGGGGCCUCCCCUUUGCCCGAGCUGGCUCCGUCUGGAGACAUUGUGACCGAGUCGUUUUCAGCUCCUGCUCCUGCUCCUGCUUCACCUCCCACUCCAGAGGCCUCCUCUCCACCCAAAGCCGAGGCAGCACCAGUCAUUGACCUGCUGGACUCCUUCAGUGGAUCUGUGGAGGAGGUGCAGAGCUCUGCUCCUGGAGGACCUGGAGAUGACCUGCUUGGAGGCUUGAUGUCACCGACGUUGGCUCCGGCCGCAGCUCCUCUGGCUCCAGCCUUGGCGCCGACUUUAACACCGGUGCAGCAGAACGACCUCCUGGAGUCGGGCUUCGACGUUCUCGGUUCCCUUCCUUCUCCGACAGCACCUCUACCUGCUGCAGUCCCGGUGGCGUCCGUAGCAACAGCAGGACCUCAACCUGCCACCACCACCACAGCGCCACCCUCUGGCAGCUUUGAUGCGUCAAUGUUUGAUGGAUUAGGUGACCUGCUGAUGCCUGCUGUGACGCCACAGAGCACCGGGGGCAGCACCAUGGGAAACAAGGGAACUCCCGUGUCAGGAGGCGUAGCAAUCGCUCCAGCCACCACCCCACCACCGAGCAAAACCAUCGGCGGAGAUCUGGACUCUUCACUGGCCAACCUGGUUGGAGACCUCGGAGUCAAGAAAAAGGACCCACAAAGUGAAAAGAAGCUGACAGGAGGAGCCAACUGGAUGCCCCAGGUCGCUCCCACCAGCUGGGCCACGCCAGGAGCCCCCAUGGCUGGAGCUUGCACUGGACCGCCUGGUGCACCAGGAGCUGCACCCCCUAGUGGAGCCAUGGUGCCACCAAUGAGCUCACAGCCAGGAUUUGGCAUGAUUCCUGCAGGAGGACCUGGAGCUCCUGUGAUGCCACCCCUGAUGGGGCAGCCCAUGAUGAGGCCUCCCUUUAGUGGAGCAGCUCCUGGACCUGCUGCACCGGGAGCACCGGUUUCUCCAGGACCUCCAAACCAGACUCCCAAGAAGCCCAAGGAUCCUCUGGCAGAACUCGACCUCAAGGACUUCUUAUAAUGACC